AUGCGUGGCUACAACCAUGACGUGACUGGGGGCCUUUUGGUCCCGCUUGAACUCUUUGAUGAAUGGCAAAAAAAUCCCGCGAGAUUCCGCAAUAAAUUUAAGGAGGGUAAAAUCACAAUCACUGAAGAGAUAUGGCCACGUUUUUGUUAUCCCGAAGGUACCAAGUACGAUCGUAAGCGAACAUUUUCUGGUCUCUUCCGUGGGCAUUUGAUUGUCCGGACUCUAAAUCAUAUCCUUACCGGCCCUUCGACCGCGUUCCAGACCGACCCCGACAAGAAUGCAAAGUCGAGCAAGGCCCAACUUCACAAGGUUGACAGAGUCGAAACUCAGCAUAUCGCCUACGCCGCCACUCAGUGUUACCUUCAUCUCUCAUCCCUCAGUAGUUGGAGCGAACUCGACAACCAGUUCUCACUACGUCUUUUUUACGAGAACAUUAUUGCAGUCCUUUCACUUGACAUCCCGUGGGCAAAGGAGACAUUGGAAUGGUACCAGACCCAGGUUCCUGGACUGCACAAGGUCAAGAAUGGUAGUCGUGGCAACAAUCGAGCAAUCCAGCAACGGGAAAUUGACCCUGUUGCAUUGCUGUUGGAGCAAGCCCAAGCGGAUGAGGCUGAAGCUCACCCGCCGCCACCUCCGACACCUCCACCACCUCCAGCGUCUCAGCAACGUGUCAGCGAGCCUCCUCGGCAAACCAAUCCGCCCCCUACGCAGUCUCCACGCGCAGCCACAUCACCGAUUCCUUCUCGAGAGCAACCCACACCACCAGCACCGAGUCCACGAAACGACGAUCAACAGAAGAAUGACGCCGACCUGGAGGAGAGUCUAUUCCCCGAGGACGAAGAAGAGGAUGCAGCCGGUGCCCAAUUCGCACGACGACGACGUACUAAUGAUGGAAAGGACAAUGAAACCGCUUGCGAUGAUGACGAUGACUUACUUCUCGCGGUGUUUGGGGGCAGGGAAAAUGGUCGGUCUGACAGUCCGCUUUCAGAACUCGAUUUUCUUCCCGAAGAUGAACCCGAGGUCGCAGUUCCGAAAAAGAAAAGCAAUUCACGCUCGGCAGCACAGCACCUAAACAGUGACGACGAAGACGACGAGCAACCUGUCCCCUCCAGGUCUCGCUCAGCCAGGCAGAAGCAACAGCCAGUCGACGAUUCGGUGAAUGCUUCGCGUCAAUCUCGGUCUCGGUUGAAGAGAAAAGCGACCGACGUGGUGGAAGAUGGGGGUGACGAUGAGGAAGAGGAGCUCGAGGAGGAGGAUGCGCCAAAGAGGAAGAAGAAGAAGGCAGAAAAGGCGAAGAAGCCAGUAAAGGCGAAGAAGAAGUAG